AUUGAGGAGUCGUACAAUGCUCCAUGUGGGAGACCCUUCAAUCUCAUGGACCAUAACAAGGCCCUCUGUGGAUGACAACAAUGUCCUCCUCAAGUCAUGGGAUGGCGCCAGUGAUUCCAGAAGAGGCAGUGGAACCAUUCAUGUUCAAGAGCUCUUCCAUGAAAAUGCACAGGUAUCUCAGAGCCAUGCGCAGCCGUGGUGGAGAGUGAAGCUGUUUGUGUGGGAGCCGGUGCUCUUCGGCACAUGGGACGGAGUGUUCACCACAUGCAUGAUCAACAUCUUUGGUGUUGUUCUUUUCCUCAGAACAGGAUGGCUGGUGGGCAAUGCUGGCGUGCUGCUGGGGAUGCUGCUGGUGUCCUUGGUGGUGGUGGUGGCCCUGGUGACUGUGUUUUCGGGGAUCGGGGUGUGUGAGCGCUGCAGUGUGGGGGGCGGAGGGGUGUACUCCAUGAUCUCCACCGUGCUGGGGAGGCGCGUGGGAGGCACCAUCGGCCUCCUCUACGUCUUCGGACAGUGUGUAGCCGGGGCCAUGUACAUAACAGGUUUCGCCGAGUCCAUUGCGGAGGUGCUGGCUCUGCAGAGCGUGUGGGUGGUGCGGGGCAUCUCCCUCGCCGUGCUGCUGGGUCUGCUCGGCAUCAACCUGGCGGGGGUCAAGUGGAUCGUACGCCUGCAGCUGGUGCUGCUGGGCAUACUCGCCGUCUCCACACUGGACUUCAUCAUCGGGACCUUCUCUCAUCUGGACCCAGAGCAUGGGUUCGUUGGCUACUCUGAGACAGUUCUGCACAAAAACCUGCUGCCAGACUACACCUCUGGAGAGACCUUCUUCACCGUGUUCGGGGUCUUCUUCCCAGCAGCCACAGGUGUGAUGGCCGGCUUUAACAUGAGCUCGGAUCUCCAGCGGCCUGAGCAGAACAUCCCCGUGGGAACGCUGGCUGCUGUCUGUACUUCGUGGUUCCUGUAUCUCGUCUUUGUGUUCCUGCUGGGAGCCAUCUGCACCAGAGAGGCUCUGCACAACGACUUCUUGAUCGCCGAAAAGGUGCGCAACUUUUUUUCAAAUGAUACUUUUUGGGGCUAUUUGAACCUUUGAACUUCAUUCGUUUUUUAAAGAUACUUUUUGGGGCUAUUUGAACCUUUAUUGGGUAGGACAGAGAGUGAGAGAGUGGCCGGAAAAUAUAGGGAGAGAGAUGGGGAAGGAGCGGGAAAUGACCCCGGGUUGGAAAUCAAACCUGCGAAAAAGGAAACAAAAGCAACUUGGGAGACAAGAAGUGAUUUGAGCGGCACAAGUGAUAGUCUUUUUUUUUUAAAGUAUUUUUUGGGGGCUUAUCAGCCUUUAUUGGUUUUUGUGAGACAGGACAGUGGAGGAGGGACAGGAAGUGAGCUGGGAGAGAGAGAUGGGGAAGGACCGGCAAAGGACCCAGACUGGGAAUCGAACCCGGGUCGGACGAGUGGUAAACGUGUGCCCUACCAUAUCAGCCACGGUAGGGCCACAAGUGAUAGUCUUUAGUUGAAUUUUUAUUAUGUAAUGAGCUGUGAUGUGGCUCUGAGACACCUGCAGCAGUCAAUUAGAAUAUCGGA